AUGGCAAAUUUUGGAGUGAAAUACGUCCCCCCCAAAGUAUUCAUUAAAAGAACAGAGCUCAUUGUGCAGUUAAAUAGUGCGCCAUUGAUUACACAUGAGGCUGUUAAAGGUCCGUCUGAAAGGCCUUUAAAUCCGACGCCAACUGUCUUUAACAUUUCGACUGAGAUCUCUCAAAAGUACAACACUACAAGUAAGGAGGUAAUACUGAAUAAUCUGAGAGACUUUAAAGGUUGGAAUGACUCAUUACUGCAUCGUUUCUAAGAACAUGUGUCAAAAUCCGCUUUGUUUAUUCCUUUCACAUUUAAAUAUGGUAAUCCAAGCUAGAUAAUUAAAUAACUAAAGCUCUAAUUUGUAAAAGAAAACAAACUCUUGACGGGUUCUGGUAGUAGUAGUAGUAGUAGCAGGAAAAUGACGUCAUCGAGCCAAAAGCAAACACAAAUUACAAGCAUUCCUUUUUCGGGCAACGCCUGCUGUAUGCGUAUUUUGUCUUAAUAGGUCUUUUUCCUUCUAAUCUUAGAUUCUUUAAACUAGACAUCGCCCAAGCUAAGUGCUAAGAAACAGCAAUUUUGUUUGACGUGAGGAGAACGCAACUUUGAAUUACCUCAUUUGUGUACAACACGAGGAUCACCAUUUCGAUAACGCCAAGGUUCAACAGUGGCGGAUCCAGGGGAAGGGUUGAGGGGCCUUGCAACCCCUCCUUUGGGAAGUUUUCAAACUUUUCUGGCUACCCAUGUCUAUCCCUUUUUAAUACCAAAAAUAAUAGUAUGAGUUAUAAUAUGGGUUGCAGUCCAAGAAGACUGUAGCUGUUCCUCUUCUUGACUCCUUAAUCAUCCAAAUGCAAGAUCGAUUUUUGACGAAGAUCUCCACGCCCGCAAUUUGCUUGGUCUACUGCAAUCGAUUAUAGUAUAUCAGGCACUGCAGCUGGACGACGAAGUAGAAGGCAUGCUGUUCUGUGAGAAAGACAUUCCAUUUCCCAAAUCCCUUGGAAAUGAACUUGGAUGGAAAACACUCUGGCAGUCAACAGAUAGGUGGCUUGCGAUGAUGAUGCUUUCCCAAACAUCUAUGGUCUUUUCGUCAUUGCCUACACCCUACCGAUCACAAGCGCUGAAGCUGAGCAAUCAUUUUCACUGAUGAAAUAAAUCAAGAUCUGCUCUAGGUCAGCAAUGCCUGAAGAGCGAUUCUCUGAUCUCGCAUUGAUCACCCGACGCACUAUUCCGAGAGAUUCGAGGUAGAGGUAGACGAGAUAUGCCACUAAGCCUUUGUAAAGGCUCAUCCAAGAAGGCUCUUUAAAGCUAGUCUGUUUGAUUAAAUGGGCGGGUAAAUAAGAGACAAACAACUAUCGUUGUUGCGCAUGCACUGUAGGCUUUUAGCCAGACAUUGAAACUGGCCGUCUAGAAGGCAUAUUUUCCCAUACAAUUACAAGAGAUUAAGUGAAUUUUCCUUGUAUUUCUUCCAAAAAUGGGCGUUCAUAGGACGGCUGGACACCCUUCUGGCUAAAACAUUGUUGCACUGUACUCUUAUUCCUUAGUGUCUCAAAUUUGGCAAAUUUAUACCUCUGAAGUCAAAAUGAAGAAAAUCUACAUAUUUAAACAUUACUCCCACCCUCCCCCUCCCCCAUUCCUUUGGCCCUGGGACAUUUGCCUUGCACUCUCAUUACAACCCCCUCUUUGAAAAAAUCCUGGAUCCGUCUCUGUUCAAUCAAGAUGAACCAGAUGAUGGUCAAAAGCACGGACUCAUUUUCGUUCAGCGAGGGAUUGAAACAUGGAGCUGUUUUCGAUGCGGGUCUUAUUACUCAUUUUCUUUAGAUAUUAGGCAAUUAUGUCGAUAGCAUGGUUAUUUACUGUUUUUAUGACCCUUAGAACUUCUUUUCAAAAUAUUUCCAAACGCUCUCAUAGAAAUUGUUCAAUCCUUGACAAGAUCGAGGGAGCUUAGGGAGGUAUAAGCUCCCUUGAGAGAUUUACGAGAAAUACAAAGACAAGUAAAAAACGUAAUGGCGUCAUUGCGUUGCCAAGGUAACUCCGAUGUCAAAACAUAAAUCAUAACAAACUUUCAUCAUUAUCAGAAACUCAUAAGGGGUCGAAACGUGUAACUCUCAUAUGUUUGCUUUGUCCGAUGCUCGUGAUUAUUCAUUUUCGAAAGUACCAUAUUUGGAACGAGAAGUAGAGAUAACUGACCAAUCAAACUUCGUAAACAACGUGACGUAGUUUUACUUCAGGUUCCCGCGCCCGCUUAAAAAAAUGGCCUAAAAACGGGGGAAAAACUCCCGAAAGGCGAGAAAGCUUUGAAAGGUUGAAACUAGGAAUCUUACCGAAACACUGAGCAGGAUAUUGCCUUACCACCCGGGCCAAACGUAACAUUAUGAAACCCUUUGACGUCCUCACAACUUCUUGAAGUUCAGUCACUUCAAAUAACGAAGCCUCGUUGACCCUCUGCACAGUAAACUUAUAAUGCAAAUAGGCUUUUAAAAUUCUUAUAUUAAAAGUGUAUAAUAAACAGUAAAAAAUAUUUUGGAAUAAAAUUUAUUAGCUGCGAAUCGAAAAGUGUCCAAAACCUGAACCUGACAUCUUCGCAAAAAGUGAUGCGUGUGAUGAAUGUGAGAAGCAUUUAAGAUUAAAUUCAGCUUGGAUGUUGUAGUCACGAUCGUGUUUUGAGCUAAGUUUAUGAAUGAACAAACUUAAAACAAUAGACAGAGAAGCUGUUCCUUGAUAAUUUUUUUUCAAAAUCCAAAAGUUAAUCCUUUAAAGCAAUUCGGAAGACUCUAUCUCGAUCGUGGAUCCGUUCACGCAAGUGAAAUCGGCUGAGCACAUGGCAAAAUUCAACACAAAAUCCAUCUCAAAUCGAGGCACAUUUUGUAAUUUUUCUUUAGCGCCGAAGAGAAAAAUUAAUAAAACGUCUAUGAGACAUUUAAAAAUAUAUAAAUUCGCUUUCAUAAACGUAAUUGUCUUGGCUAUAGAGUGAAAAAUGUACCUGAAAAUUCAGCAAAAACUUCACUGCCUUGGGUUACAUGUCAACACAGACCAGAGAUCCGUCGUGAAGAAAACAAGGUUGAAUUCCUCGAAGGAGGAUUUCUUGAUGAAAAGCUUCCCUUCUUCCACAAAAAGAAAGCUGAGCUUUCUUUUUAACUUUCUCUUUUCAUUUUUUGCCUUUUAACGGUGUAUUUUUAAGCCUGAAAUGCAGAACUCUUGUCUUAAAACAUCUGCAUGGUGAUCGCUCGGCAGCCUCAUGGGCUAUUGACUCAGAGCCCAUUCCAGCUGGAGGAAUAAUAGUUAAAUACAACGAGGGUAUUUCGAAAGUCGUUAUGUCUGAAACAUGACCCAAGUGCUAGCGAACCGAAGGCCCCGUAGCUCUUCGCUCUGAUAAGAUUCGUCGUUAUAUAUAUGAUCUUAUAUGAAUGAAAAAUACUUCAUCAUAAACUGUACUUGUGUUAAGUAGUUUUAAUUUCCUGUAUUGUUUGUUAUUUCUUACUGGUAGAAGGUAACGUAUUAAAAUCGUAUUUUUGAUGUCACUAUUAUUAUAGCGAACGGAGCCCUCUAUUGAAGAAAUAAAAGUUCUCCUCGCGGCCAACAACUGCCCUCACAUAGAUUAUGACCAGGUAAUGUCUUUUCAAGAAAUCACGUACGAAUUCCACUUACUUAUCACAGCAAAUAAGGCUAAAUGUUCUGCUGUACUUUAUCGGAAAUAACUGUCUUUGGCCUUGGUGAAGUCUAGGGGGAUGGGGGUGUGUAUUGGAAAGUUUUGUAUCCCCUAGCUGUUUGAUAGCAUGGAUUUUUUCAAACAGGAAUCAAAUUAAAUUUUGUUAAAGAUUUAAGAAUAAAUAAAUAUUAAGCGAAAAAAAGUUUAACUCGACGUUUCGAUGUCACCAUGACAUCAUUAUCAAGUGACAAAGAUAAAACUAAAAACUGACUUAGUUAGUACAAUAUACAGUUUACAUGUAAAGUGACAAAAUAAGAAGGAACAAAAGUAACAUGUCAAAUUAGGGUUAGGGUCAAAUAACGUGGCGAUUAUGUAGCAAAAUUUUACAGAUACUUUGCCCCAUGAAACUAAACUGAAGGAUUCUGGUAGUUGUAGUAAAUAGAAGUCAUCAUGAAAUUGUCAUUGCCGAUUUACUGUUGUUUUUCAGGAAAAAGACGCGUUUAAAAUACAAAAACCUGCUGCCGCUAACAAACACUACCAAGUCCAAAGGAACCUUGAGUUAGUUCUUCUUGGAGUAUCUGUUGUUGCAGUGAUCCUGUCUCUCAUAAUACUUACCAUAAUAAGGUAACUUAACGGACCUAAACUGAAAUAUGCGUCUCUUGUGUGUUUUUGUGAUCUUCACUAGAGGUUACUUUGCUCUUGACAGUUUUCAACUAUUAUCCUUACAAAUAAUGAUUCUUAAAAAUAAGCAACCUUCUAUAGCCGACAAAGACGGUCGCUUUUCAUCGCUAAAAGGACGCAAGAGACGUCCAUGCCUGUACGAAGAAUCCGUUGAAAGCACUGUGGAAAAAAUAGGGCUACAUACCAUUUUACUUUAUUCAUUCUAUAGGGUUAAAAGCAGCGAGAGAAUUUUCGUUCACAAGAAUCUUCUCUUUUCUCUUGGAUUUGGUAACCUCGUGUAUAUUUUGGAUAUCGCCUCAUUUUCUACGCGGAUGGAUCAUAUUGUAAGCUGUCUUAAGUUUUUAUGGUUUACGUUCCUAAAGUUUACAAGUUAUGCGUUAGAUUAGUUUUCCUCUUUUGAUCUUAUCAAUAACGUGAUGCACAGUCAAAAUUCUUCACUGGCAACCGCAUUUUUGUCCAUUGGAGACUAGUUAGAGCUCUGCAGCUCGCAAUCAUGCAGUUUAUGUGAAAUGCAACUUUUAAAAGGUGGUCCAGACCUAUUUAUAUGCUUGUUGGUCAUGUUUUUGAAUCGCGUUUUUCGGCAGGAACGGUUUAACCGAUUUCUAUGCUUUUUGGCAUCCUUAAUAAAAAAUGAAGCAACUUUAAGAAAAUGUUAUUUAUUUUCUUGAAUGUAUAAAAACGCUCGAGGUAUCAGCAUAUGUCUUUAACUUGGAAACUCUACGACAGAUUUUUCUCUAAUUUUAGCAAAUAAGCCUCAGAGCUUUCUAGUUUUAUAUAAUUCUGCAAGUUUGAAGUCAAUCGUGACCGUAGAACUCACUGUACAAAAUGCUGGUCAAACUUAACCUAAAAAUGCAACGCUAACACAUGUCUACAUUUUUGAAAGUCGACGCACAAAUAGGGGAAGAGUGCCGACGGACUAUCUCUUAUCUGCAAGGGUAUUCUUGCCCAAAGCUUUAUUGCGAGAAACAGAGUAAUCAGAAACCUACUGCGAAGAAGUACUGGAGUUGAUGGCUUUAUUUCUCCUCAAAACGGAAACCUGCGGCGCUAAAAACUGUUGAGAGUUUUUCGAUUCGUAGAUGCAAAAUAUAUUGUGUGCAAAGAUUGGUUUCGAAAAGAAAGAGACAAAUAAAAAGUAAGUUCGAUGAAUGGAAGUGCUAUAAUCAUGUCCCACAGUUAGCAUAAAGUUGAUCUUCUUGUAUUGCAAACUGUAUUCGCCGGGAGGUUUCUGAUAACUCAGUUUCUUGCAGUGAAGCUUUGGGGCAGAAUGCCUUAGCUUGCAGAUAGAGAUAGUCCGUCCCUUCUCAUCCUCUAUUUGUUUAAAUGAUAGUUUAAUUUUAGUUGUGAAAAAACUAUAAAAAGGAGGUUUUGUAUUUUAGGUCCUUUGUUGCUUGGUUACCGUGAUUCAGCACUAUCUGCACACAUCUCUGUUUACUUGGAUGCUGGUGGAAGGAAUCAAUCUUUACAUUAAGCUGGUCAAAGUCUUCUCAGUCAGGAAACAGUAUCUGUCUUACCUGAUGAUGGGAUGGGGUUCGUAUCUUUAUAUUUUUACGAUCAGAACAGAUAUGGCAUUUGUCAGUUGAAUACGAGAUCCUUCAUCAAGUAAUUUUGAUUAAGAGAAUUGAUCACUUAUAAAUAUCGCCAUAAAACAUACUAAUGCUAUUCCUGAAAAUUAUUUCUUACCAAAUUCGAAUAUUUAGCCUUUUUUAUUCAAGUGAAAGGCUGCUCUCUAAAGAUGAAACAUAAUUACUGGGCAGAAGUAGGGCGUGAUGUAUUUGCCACAACACUUUAUAUCACGUGACAUAGGCCUCCAUGUGACCUCAUGUGGUUCUGUCGGUUACAAAAUACCACUGAAAGUUUCCAACUGAAGAAUUCAUAAAUAGAAGUAAUUUAUUGCGGGAUUGUUUUACUGGUUAUACAAUUCUAGAUUUUGAUAGAUAUAAUUUGUAAAAUGUUCACACACAAAACAAUUGAAUAAAUAAGAACAAGAAACGUAUUUAAGAAAUAUAAAGGUUUAUAAGAGUUGGUGAGUAUCUCACUGUCAAAGUAGAUGCGAAUAAUUAUCUCUUAGUUAAUUCAUACAUUACAUAAUUAUGUAUCUCGGAUAUAAUGAUUAAGUAGUUUUCAGCGCCUUAGAUGUUCAAAAGAUUCUGUUUCACGCCAAUAGUAGAUGUAAGAAAGGCUAAUUAUUAUUAUGUCAGUCUGAAUGGACAGAGAUAAAUCAAGGCAAAAACUAUCUAAACUUUUUUGAAAAGGGAAGCUGUGUUAGUGACCAUCAAAAUGCAUGAAUCAUUUUGGACUUUUCCUGUUUAUAAUGCUUUUUCAAAGCUUUUCAAAUUUGUAAAGAAAUCAUAAUGCGAUGCACUCGAAGUGGCUCUACAGUGAAAAGCCUUUAUCAUAUACAAGUUUAAUUCUUUUCAAAAUUACCGUUAUAACCGUAGUUCAUAAAAACUCUACCUCUAAAAUAAAUGCCCUUUCCCCUCUGAAGACAAAUUGCUGUUCGUGUAUAUCAGGACUUUUGAGGGGUUUAACUGUACAGACCUUCAUUGUAUAUUUAACAGAAAAUGGUUUUAUUGUCAUAAUUUAAGGAAUACCAGCUGUCAUCGUUGGCUUGGUGGCUGCUAUUCGUCCUUCUUCUUAUGACAUGGGAAAAAGUUUCUAUAAGAACAUUACAUGCGGACCAUUGAAAAUUGCCGCGAAGAUCGAAAGAGCCAGGUACACCGACAUUACGUUGACAACCUUACUGUUAGUGCAGUUCAAUACCAUUGUAGUAAUAUAUCAUUUUUGGUCACCUCAUUAUUCUCAAUCGUCAUCAUUAUCAUGAUCAUAAUCAUCGUCAAACACUUGCAUGGACAUCGAUAUAAAUAUCAUCAACAACUACAACUCAAACACGACAAGAUCGUUAUCAUCCGGCAAGAUCAUCUUUAUAUUAUUUCUGUCUUUACAGAUGCUGGAUAAACGGCAGUCAGUGGAUUUACCAGGGCCCAGUUUUAGCAAUUCUCUUGGUGAGCACCAAUGAUUUCACAUGGCAUCCACGCAGCCCUUACCCAAGUUUGAGGGUGAAAUUUGCAUUAUAGGCUAAGAAUUAAAAGCGUGGCCCUCCAACUAAACGGAAACACAUUGUAGUUCAAAUUGGAGUUUAUGGGUUUUGGAAAACAGAUGAAAUUCGAAGUACCCGAAGGGAAACCUCUCGAAGAAAACAAAAACAACAAUAACAACAACAAAAUCAGGCUUCGUUUGGUGUCCAACCCGGGGACUUAAAACCAGGGCUUCAUUGGUGGAAGGCGGGAACUCUCACAACUACACCAGCCCUAGUGCUCCUCCUCUUUGGGCCAUGAAGUCUAAGCUUACCACAUAUAUAUGCUGCAUACUCAGAAGAGGAUUGCCUAGACAGAGUUAGGAAACCAGCUUUGGGUUCGAGGCCUGACAGCCACUUCAAUAUGUAGUAUAAGACGAUGGAUGUUAGAGUUUAAAAUUUUUACUUCUCGCAGAUAACAUGGAUGAUGUUAUUGCUCAUGGAAACAAAAUUCAACUCUUGACUCACAGCAGUUUACAUUCAAGCUUACUCAGUGCUGUUUAAUUACUGGUGACCUCCCUUCGGGAUUUAAUUUCAUCCCCUUUCACCAGCAGUUCAACGACAUUAUUUUUUACAUUGCAGAUAAACUUGAUUCUGUUCGUGAUCAUUUUGAGAGUUGUAUUUGGUAAAAUAUCCAGCAAAUAUGGCAAAAAUAAAAUAGACGCUACAAGGUAAGUUCACUUGUACAACAAUAAUAAGGCUCGAUACUAAACUAUUUCUACUAUUCCUGUAGGUUAAUUUACAACUACGGAAAAUAUCUAUUGAGGACACUUGAUAGACUACGCAAUUUAUAGUAAAAUGCUUUUGAAAAAUCGUGAAUGUCUCUUUAUAGGAGAGGCAUAAGAAGUACAGUUGCCCUGCUUCCCCUUCUUGGGGUCACGUGGUUGUUGGGAUUCUUUGUUGAUUUCCACGAUUCCGUGAAGUAUGCUUUUAUUUUGGUGAACUCUUUAAUGGUAAGUACCGGUAAAUCUCCAUGGGUAAGUUUGAAUUAUUGAUGUAUUUGUCCCUAGAGUAGACCAAGUUCAGCUGCUGGUUAAUUUGCAGUCUUUUUCUAGAGAAAUAGAAAUAUCAUGACUUCUGCUAACCGAUAAGACUCAGACUAAUGUUCAUUUGAUAAAGAAAUCAAGAAAGUUUCUUUGCCAAAAACUAGAGAGGCUGACAGAGAAUUUUUGUUCAGAGUUUGAAAACAGAAGUCCCCUUGCCAUACGUGCUGACUCAGUAUUUGGUUUUGUUCAUAGGGACUUGUUUUUUGCAUCUUCCAUUGUGUUUUGGAUGACCAGGUAAGAGGCAUGGUGAAUUCUCAGCCUUUUGCUAGUUUUCGGCUGUUCAACAGGUGAGCGACAAUCAGUUAAUGAAAGUUGAAAUUGCAUAUGACCAACUACAGUGGAACCUCGGUAUAACGAACUCUACAUAACGAAGUCCCCGGUAUAACGAACAAUUUUCUUUACCCCAGUAAUAGUAACAUGUAUGAAAAAGAACCUUGAUAUAACGAAACAUCGAUAAAGAGAACAAAUUUUGUCAGUCUCCUGGCCCUUCCUUAAAUCGAGGUUACACUUUAAAUAUACAUGUUUACCACUCAACUAUUUGUGCACCAGGUUAGAGAGGCUCUGCGAGCACGUAAAGCCCGUAGAAGAAAACAGUCAGACCAGAAAACAGGAACGACGCCCGCUUCCAAUCCCAUGACACCAACUGCCGACAGAAACAGUCGCAUCGACAAGUUUGUAUUUUCUGGUAAGGAAGAGAGGUUAGGAAGAAAAAUAAAACGAAAAUAAAAGAAAGAGAAAAAAUAAAACGAGAAAUAAUUAGAGAAGUCAGUUGAAUGAUUUCAUUUUUUAUUUAUCAAUGCAUUCUUACAUGUAACGUUUUCUCUAUAACUCGGUGAGUAUAAACACACACGUAAACAAGAAAGAGUUAGUUGAGGCCUUUAUGACAACUACUGUUUUAAAAAGUUUCUCUAAAACAUGGCUCAAAAGUGCCCAAAAAUGAGGGAAUAAGUUUGAAAGAAACUGCGGCGCUACCUCGAUCGUUGGGGAGUAGAAAAAAAAAAUUAACUUAAUCAAAAACUAAUUCAAUAAAACCCUUAAGAAAAAAAUUCAAACGCUGAGAUUCCGAGCUCUAGCAGCUCAGCCGAGAGCAAACAGACUUGAGUCGAGAGCUCGCAUGUAGAUCUCCGUUGAAAGAGAGACAACAUAAUAAAAUUCGUUGCGUUUAUUCAGCAGAAAACAGUAAUGGAAAAGAGGAUGUGAUUAGAGUAAUAAGCGAAGGACAAGAUGAGUCCAGGGUCUGA